AUGCCGGAGAGUGCCAUCAUCAAAACCCCCAUUGGCUUCGACGUUUCCGCAGACCUGCUUUCGAGAAGUCAUAGGUUCUUGAUGUCUCCGGAGUCGUCUUCCUCGUCGUCGAAGAAGAAACGGAGGAAUCUGGAGAUGAGGGUUGUAGAGAAUGCUAAACGAAGACGCGUCACCUUCGCCAAGAGGCGCCAAGGCCUCUUCUCCAAGGCGGAGGAGCUCGGCGCCGUCUGCAGUGUCGACGUCGCCGUCGUCGCCUUUACCUCCUGCGGUAAGGCCUUCUCCUUUGGCGAUGACGCCAUCCGUCGCUACCUCCGCCUGGCGCGAGAACACGAUGGCAAUCAAGAUGGCAGGGAGGAGUGUGGCUCGGUGAAGGCGACGGGGAUGGAAGAUCCCGUCUGA